GUCAGAUCGAAAUCGCCAAGUGACAAGCCAUGGCCCGACCGCCACGGAUGAGCUUGCUCCAGCGGUUCUUCUACGUGACACAGACAAGCCUUCGACGGUUUGAUGCGUGGACGGAAAAGCACAUGAUUGGUUUGCCAAACCCUCCAUUGACGGAGGAAGAACGUCAGGACAAAGCUCGUGAACAAUGCGUGGACCUGUGGACGUUGUCGCUGGCGGACCACGUUCGCUUUGCGCGGGAAGCAUGGGCGGAAUACAAGGAUACGCUUCGCGAAGACUAUGAAUUCACAGAGGUGGUCCGAGGAAAGGUCAUGGACUUCAAGGACACCGUGGAGGAACAGCGCGCCAAGGUCGACGAGCACUUGGAUUCGCACCAUCCCGAACUCAAGCAACACAUCAACACAUGGAAAAGUGACAUCCAGCAAAGUGUGGGUGACAUCCAGCAAAGUGUGGACGACACGACAGCGCGAGUCAAGGUGCAUGUUGACGAGAUGAAGGUCCAGGCCAAGGAUAUUGAUGUCGAGAGAAUUCCAGAGCAUAUAUCUGAUGCCGUCAAUGCCUUGAAGAAUCGGCCGGUCGUAGAUGUCAAGCGAGACGUGGAAGAGUGGGCGCUUGACAAGCUCGUGGUGGGUCGUGCAACCAUGUCGGCGUUCGUCGAGGGAUACAAGGCAGGCAAGGAAGAGGAAUUGAUGCGGGAAACUCCGUUGCUGAAAGAACUGGCGGAAAAGGCGACCGAUCAACACAAAGACUUUUUGACGGCCAAACGCAACGAAUUGCUCCAAAAAGUGGCCGAUUUUGAAGUGAAAAGCACGAGAUCAUCGCCUCCACCCGUUGUAUAACGUUAAUAUGAACGAACACUGCAGACCUCACGC